CCCGGCCCAGCCUCACCAGUUCGCUCCAGUUUGUUACACCGUACUCCGAGGCCCUGAAUAACCAUGUCCAUCCUCUACGUCUCUCCUCACCCCGACGCCUUCCCCAGUCUCCGAGCCCUCAUAGCUGCGCGCUAUGGAGAGGCUGGAGAGGGUCCGGGAUGGGGAGGUGCCCAACCCCGCAUCUGUCUCCAGCCACCCCCGCCCAGCAGGACCCCCUUCCCCCCACCUCGUCUGCCUGCCCUGGAGCAAGGGCCCGGUGGACUGUGGGUGUGGGGAGCCACGGCUGUGGCCCAGCUGCUAUGGCCAGCAGGCCUGGGGGGUUCUGGAGGUAGCCAGGCAGCUGCCCUCGUCCAACAGUGGGUCAGUUACGCGGACACCGAGCUCAUACCAGCCGCCUGUGGGGCAACACUGCCAGCCCUGGGUCUCCGAAGCUCUGCCUAUGACCCCCAGGCUGCACUUGGGGCACUGGGCCGAGCCCUGAGCCCCUUGGAGGAGUGGCUUAAGCUGCAUACUUACCUGGCUGGGGAGGCCCCUACACUGGCUGACCUGGCAGCUGUAACAGCCUUGCUGUUGCCUUUCCGAUAUGUCCUGGAUCCCUCAGCCCGCCGGAUCUGGGGUAACGUUACUCGCUGGUUUGUCACCUGUGUCCAGCAGCCAGAAUUCCGAGCAGUUUUAGGAGAGGUGGUUCUGUACUCAGGGGCCAGACCUGUUUCCCAACAGCCAGGCUCUGAUGUCCCUGCACCAUCAAAGUCAGCUGCUCAGCUCAAGAAAGAGGCAAAGAAACGGGAAAAGCUAGAGAAAUUCCAGCAAAAGCAGAAGAUCCAGCAGCAGCAACAAUCUUCAGGGGAGAAGAAACCCAAACCUGAAAAGAGGGAGAAACGGGAUCUUGGGGUCAUUACCUAUGACAUCCCAACUCCACCAGGGGAAAAGAAAGAUGUCAGUGGCACCAUGCCCGACUCCUAUAGCCCCCAGUAUGUGGAAGCAGCCUGGUACCCUUGGUGGGAGCAGCAGGGCUUCUUCAAGCCAGAAUAUGGGCGUUCCAGCUUGUCAGCACCAAACCCCCGAGGCAUCUUCAUGAUGUGCAUCCCACCCCCCAACGUGACAGGCUCUCUGCACUUGGGCCACGCCCUCACCAAUGCCAUCCAGGAUUCUCUGACUCGAUGGCACCGCAUGCGUGGAGAGACCACUCUGUGGAACCCGGGUUGUGACCAUGCAGGCAUUGCCACCCAGGUGGUAGUUGAAAAGAAACUGUGGCGUGAACAGGGGCUGAGCCGACACCAGCUGGGCCGAGAGGCCUUCCUGCGAGAAGUCUGGAAGUGGAAGGAGGAGAAAGGUGACCGGAUAUACCACCAGCUGAAAAAACUUGGCAGUUCUUUGGACUGGGAUCGAGCCUGUUUCACCAUGGACCCUAAACUCUCCGUGGCUGUGACAGAGGCCUUUGUCCGGCUCCACGAUGAAGGGGUUAUCUAUCGCAGUACCCGUCUGGUCAACUGGUCUUGUACCCUCAAUUCUGCCAUCUCAGAUAUCGAGGUGGAUAAGAAGGAACUUCCAGGCCGCACCCUGCUGUCUGUGCCUGGUUAUAAGGAGAAAGUGGAGUUUGGGGUCCUUAUCUCUUUUGCCUACAAGAUCCAAGGCUCAGACAGUGACGAGGAGGUGGUGGUAGCAACAACUCGAAUUGAGACGAUGCUGGGUGAUGUGGCUGUGGCGGUGCACCCCAAAGACCCCAGAUACCAGCACCUGAAGGGGAAGAGUGUCAUCCAUCCGUUCGUGUCUCGGAGCCUUCCCAUUGUCUUUGAUGAUUUUGUGGACAUGGAGUUUGGUACAGGUGCGGUGAAGAUCACACCUGCCCAUGACCAGAAUGACUACGAGGUUGGGCAGCGCCACGCACUAGAGGCUAUCAGCAUCAUGGACUCGCGUGGGGCCCUCAUCAAUGUUCCCCCGCCUUUCCUGGGCUUGCCUAGGUUUGAGGCCAGAAAGGCGGUGCUGGCAGCGUUGAAGGAGCAGGGACUGUUCCGGGACAUAAAGGACAACCCCAUGGUGGUGCCCCUUUGCAACCGUUCCAAAGACGUGGUAGAACCUAUGCUGCGGCCACAGUGGUAUGUGCGCUGUGGAGAGAUGGCCCAGGCUGCCAGUGCUGCCGUGACAAGGGGCGACCUUCGCAUCUUGCCUGAGUUCCAUCAGCGGACAUGGCACGCCUGGAUGGACAACAUCCGGGACUGGUGCAUCUCCCGGCAGCUGUGGUGGGGCCAUCGCAUCCCAGCCUACUUCAUCACCGUCAAUGACCCUGCUGUUCCCCCUGGAGAGGAUCCUGAUGAACGUUACUGGGUGAGCGGGUGCAAUGAGGCAGAGGCCCAGGAGAAGGCAGCCAAGGUGUUUGGAGUGUCCCCUGAUAAGAUCAGCCUCCAGCAAGAUGAGGAUGUAUUGGACACCUGGUUCUCCUCUGGCCUCUUCCCCUUCUCUAUUCUGGGCUGGCCCAACCAGUCAGAAGACCUGAGUGUGUUCUACCCAGGAACGCUGCUGGAGACAGGCCACGACAUCCUUUUCUUCUGGGUGGCCCGGAUGGUCAUGCUUGGCCUAAAGCUCACUGGCAGGCUGCCUUUCCGAGAGGUCUACCUCCACGCCAUUGUUCGAGAUGCCCACGGCCGGAAGAUGAGCAAGUCUCUAGGCAAUGUCAUCGACCCCCUGGACGUCAUCCAUGGAGUCACCCUUCAGGGUCUCCAUGACCAGUUAAUAAACAGCAACCUGGAUCCCAGUGAGGUGGAGAAGGCUAAGGAAGGACAGAAGACAGACUUCCCAGCAGGGAUCCCUGAGUGUGGUACUGACGCUCUCCGAUUUGGGCUCUGUGCCUACACGUCCCAGGGCCGGGACAUCAACUUGGAUGUGAACCGGAUAUUGGGCUACCGCCACUUCUGCAACAAGCUCUGGAAUGCCACCAAGUUUGCCCUCCGGGGCCUUGGGAAGGGCUUCGUGCCCUCACCUACCUCUGAGCCUGAAGGCCAUGAGAGCCUGGUCGACCGCUGGAUCCGAAGCCGGCUGGCUGAAGCCGUGAGGCUCAGCAACCAAGGUUUCCAGGCCUACGAUUUCCCAGCAGUCACCACUGCCCAGUACAGCUUCUGGCUCUAUGAGCUUUGUGAUGUCUACCUGGAGUGCCUAAAGCCCGUGCUAAACGGAGUAGACCAGGUGGCGGCCGACUGUGCCCGACAGACCCUCUACACCUGCCUGGACGUUGGCCUGCGGCUCCUCUCCCCUUUUAUGCCCUUUGUGACUGAGGAGCUAUUCCAAAGGCUGCCCCGGCGGACACCACAAGCCCCCCCUAGCCUCUGUGUCACUCCCUACCCAGAGCCUUCGGAGUGCUCCUGGAAGGACCCUGAGGCUGAAGCCGCCCUUGAGCUGGCACUUAGCAUCACACGAGUUGUGCGCUCCCUGCGUGCUGACUACAACCUCACCCGGACUCGGCCAGACUGUUUCCUGGAAGUAGCUGAUGAGACCACCGGUGCCCAGGCCUCAGCCGUAUCAGCCUACGUGCAGACCCUGGCCAGUGCAGGAGUGGUGGCUGUCUUGGCCUUGGGCGCUUCCGCACCACAAGGUUGUGCUGUAGCCCUGGCCUCUGACCGCUGCUCAGUCCACCUACAACUACAGGGCCUGGUUGACCCAGCUCGGGAGCUGAGCAAGCUGCAGGCCAAGCGAGGAGACGUGCAGCGACAAGCCCAGCGCCUGCGCGAACGCCGUGCUGCCCCAGGCUACCCAGCCAAAGUGCCCCAAGACGUCCAGGAGGCAGAUAAAGCCAAGCUCCAACAGACAGAAGCAGAGCUCAGGAAGGUGGAAGAAGCCAUUGCCCUUUUUGAGAAGAUGCUGUGAUAGACUCAACUCCGACCCUCAUGGCCCCACCAUGGGGAUGGCAGCAAUAAACUAUUUUGUCACAAAA